UGACGGAAGUCUACGAGUCACACACUGGGAUUAAUGCUGAGUUCAGUCAGACAUACACUCACAAAGGCGUCCAGAAUGACAGAGGACUGUUGAAAGUUGUAGGUUUUCAGGCAACACUGAGGACCACAGACCUGCUGCACAAAGAGUACAUGUGGAUUUGGCUGAACUGUCCAGGAACUGUUUGAAAUGUGGAUUUGUGUAUCCUGCUGGUAGAUGUUGGCCGGACUUGUUGGGCUCACUGAACGUCUUGGAAGAGGACUGUUGCUCUCGGUUGCUGUGUUUACCAACAAGAGGAGGAGGCGGAGGUCAUAGUAACACUCCACCGCAGGAGUCUCUCUCUCUGUGUGGCAGCCAGGAGAACCUGCAGCAUCCAGCAGCUGUCGCAGUGUCUUCAUAAAAGGACUAAUCUUUAUCCUGGACGGGUGCUGAUCUGCUGCUGUUUGAGGGGAAAGUCUGCAUUGCUCCAGACCAGUGAGUGGGACUUGCUGAUCCCUGGGUCUUCUCCAUCGUAACAUCAUGGUGUCUUCUCCACUGGGGAAGGCAGCAUCUCUUGAUGCUCUCAUCAAAGAAUGCGUCUAUGCAUUUCAUGACAGUGGAGAGUUGUACGCCAACCAUCUUCCUCGCAGCCUGUUGCUCAUGCAUCGCUGGUACAUCACAUCCUCAGAACUGGCUGAAAAACUCCUCAUGAUGUACCGCAACUCCAAGAAUGAUGACUGCGAGAACACCAGGCUGAAGAUUUGUUAUUUAAUGAGGUACUGGAUAGUUACAUUCCCUGCAGAGUUCAAUCUGGAUUUGGGUCUGAUCCAGAUGACAGAAGAGUUCCGAGAUGUGGCUGUUCAGCUCGGCUGUGAGGAACAUUCUAAACUCAUCGACAUCUCUACCAUUCCGUCAUUUGACUGGAUGCGCAAGUUGACACAGAGGAAGAAACAGGCUAAGAAAGGCAAAGCGUCGCUGCUGUUUGACCACUUGGAGGCAAUGGAGCUGGCUGAGCAUCUCACCUUCCUGGAGUUCAAGUCCAUCAGGAGGAUUUCAUUCACUGAUUACCAGAGCUACGUGAUUCACAGCUGUGUGGUAGAUAACCCGACACUGGAGCGCUCCAUUGCCCUGUUCAACGGAAUCUCCCAUUGGGUCCAGCUUAUGGUGCUCAGCAAGCUGACCCCUCAGACACGAGCAGAGGUCAUCACCAAAUACAUCCAUGUGGCUCAGAAACUUCUCCAACUGCAGAACUUCAACACUCUGAUGGCUGUGAUUGGUGGACUGAGCCACAGCUCCAUUUCACGACUAAAGGAGACUCACUCUCAUCUGGUCCCUGAGGUUGUGAGGAUCUGGAGAGAAAUGACGGAGCUGGUCUCUUCCAGUAAUAACUACUCCUACUACCGUAAGGCCUUCAGUGAAUGCCACGGCUUCAAAAUUCCCAUCCUGGGCGUGCACCUCAAGGACCUGAUAGCAGUGAAUGCUGUCUUUCCUGACUGGGUUGACAAUAGCAACAAAGUGAACUUGGUGAAAAUGCAGCAGCUCUAUAUAACCUUCAAUGAGCUGGUGUCUUUGCAGAGUGCGGUGGCCCAAGUCGAACCCAACAUGGAUCUUAUAUAUCUGUUAACGCUAUCUUUAGACCUUUACUACACAGAAGAUGAGAUUUAUGAACUGUCAUUGCUGAGGGAACCACGUAACCCCAAAUCACUGCCAACAUCUCCAACAACACCCAACAAACCUCUGGUCCCUCUAGACUGGGCAUCAGGUGUGACUGCAAAACCAGAUCCCUCUGUGGUCAACAAACACAUCAGAAAAGUGGUGGAUUCUGUGUUCAGGAAUUACGACCAUGACCAUGAUGGGUAUAUCUCUCAAGAGGACUUUGAGAGCAUUGCUGCUAAUUUUCCCUUCCUGGACUCUUUCUGUGUUUUGGACAAAGAUCAAGACGGAUUGAUCAGUAAGGAUGAGAUGAUUGCAUAUUUCCUACGGGCUAACCCUCUCCUUCAGUGCAAGAUGGGUCCGGGCUUCAUCCACAACUUCCAGGAGAUGACGUACCUGAGGCCAACCUUCUGUGAACAUUGUGCUGGAUUUCUCUGGGGAAUCAUCAAACAGGGCUACAAAUGCAAAGAUUGUGGUGUCAACUGUCAUAAGCAAUGCCGGGAGCUGCUCGUGCUGGCAUGUCGUAAGCUCGUCUGCUCAGGUUCACCAGGCAGCAUUUCUCCUGCAAGACUGACCCACAGCUCGCUACCGAGCAGCCCAGCGCUGGCCACGUGCAAAGAUGAGGAUGAAGUGUUCGAGUUCCCCUCCGUGACAUCAGCAGGUCCAGUUCUGGACAGCCGGUCCAUCACCUUAAUGACCGGCUCAGCUCAGAGAAUCUCUGUGCGCCUGCAGAGGGCCACCAUCAGCCAGGCCACCCAGACGGAGCUGCUCUGGACCGAACACAGUUGGGGUGACACAGGCGUUAGCUCCCACACCUUUCCAAAAAUGAAGCACCACACUCACCGGAAGGCCUCUAAAAAUAAAGGCUUUGCCCACUGGGAAAACUACAAUGAUGGACAAAACCAGGGGGUCUCAUCCCAAGGCAGACCAGAUUUCAAGAAGUCAAAUGUCUCGAAAGAGCUUGUACAGAAUGGAAUUACAGAUAGACCAAAGGUGUGUGUGUGUAUGUUCUGUGUGGCUAUAACGUGCUGUACUGUAAUGUUUUGUCAUUAUUACUGCAUUUAAAUUCUUUUCCACAGCAGAUGAUUAAAUGAAAAGUCACUUUAAAAAAGCAUAAUAAUAAUG